UUUGAAACAGUAACCCAGUCUGACUGUUAUGUGACUUUAUGGCUGCCAACUGCUUCAAUGAAAAAGGAAAAGACCCAUACUGUGAAGGAUAACAAAGACCCAGUGUGGAAUGAAAGUUUUCACUAUAGAAUUCAGAAUCAAGUAAAGAAUAUUCUAGAGCUCCAAGUAUGUGAUGAAGAUAAACACACUGAAGAUGAUCAUCUCCUCACUGUUUUCUUUGAUGUGUCUAAAAUCCAUCUUGGAGAAACAGUCCGUCUGAAUUUUCAGCUGAAUCCAAAGGGUAAGGAGGAACUAGAAGUUGAAUUUACACUGGAAAGCAGCCCUGAUGUUCCAGAAAAGAUUGUUACUAAUGGAGCCUUAGUGUCUCGUGAAGUUGCCUGUUUGGAAGUUCAAGUGGACAAUGGGAGAAUGCAGAAGGAUUCAACACAACGAAGAUUCAAUCUUUCAGUUGGUGGAUCCCAUGAAGGACCCCAGGAGCUCACGUUGCGCAACUGGCUUUGUCCCGCGUCUCCUGUUAAAUUUCACUAUAUCAAAUAUUUCCCGUCAGAACUGGACAUUGAACUCCCAAGGUGGCUCUGUUCGGCUUCCGGGGAUCCAAAUGAGAUAAUGAGUGUUCCCCUGAAUUCACUUCCCAUGAAAGAGAAUGUGACAGCACCACAGAACAAAACAUUUGAGUUGGAUGUGACGUCAAAAGAUUGGACUGAAGGCUGGCUGUGGAAAACCCCAAAACAACUUGAUGUGAGACUAGACUAUGAUCUGUGCUCAGAUGAAAAGAUUUUCCUGAAGAAACGGAAGAAAGUGGUGGCUGCUGCCCUGAAGGGUUGUCUUCAGUUAGAGCACGUCCUUCAAGAGAAUGAGGUAUCAGCUUUGGCUUGUGGUAGGACCAUGACAAAGUUGUAUGAAGAUGCUGAUUGGUCAAAUAAAGACCUUGGGGAGAUAAUCAAGUUUGCUCGUAAACAAGCAGCCAAAUCUAAAAUGAGUGCCUUUUCCUUGGAAAGCUUAAAGAACUACCACAACGAGCUAUGCCAGAGGACAACUGCGGGAUACAAGACAUCCUUUAUAGAUCUUUGGGGACUCAUGGUUGAAGCCAUGCUGAAUGAUGGGAACAACAAUCAUAAACUCUCAGAUCAGAGAAAGGCAGCGAACCGAGGUCAGAACCCUCUGCCUAUCUACCUGGCGCUCAAUGUUAAAGACAAAGUCCCCACAAGAGAUUUUAGAGAGUGGGUGGAAUUCACACCCUAUGAGGUGGGAUUCCCAAAAUAUGGAGCUUUUGUCCGUGCUGAAGAUUUUGGAAGCCAGUUUUACAUGGGACAUCUGAUGAAGAAGCUCCCAGAAUCAAGGAUCUGUUUCAUGCAAGGGAUGUGGAGUAGCAUAUUUUCCAAGAAUCUACUAGAUGCCUGGCAUGCCGCUGAGAAUUCAGAGGACUUCUGGAACAGAUGGACCCAAGACACUAUCACUGAAAUUGAGGAAGUUCCUGAUUUACCAGAGAGACCCCAUGAUAUGCCAACUUCCAUGUUCACUCCUGCAGGAGGCCUUUCUAGAGUCCUGCGGGACAUUUUAACUGACCGCCCAGCAGUAUCAAAGUAUGACAAUUUCUUAAAAGGGUUCCAAAUGAACAAUGAAUACUCCCAGCAUCGGCGAUUUUCUAAAUGGAAAGACUCUGCUCUUGAUUCUACCCCUAAUCGACUACGAGACCCUGAAGAACACCUGGAACUGGUUGAUACAGCCUUCUUCUUUGACACCAGUUGUCCACCUCUUCUGAGGCCAGAGAGGAAAGUGGAUGUCAUUCUGCAUUUCAACUAUACAGGGGGAUCACAAACCAAGCCUCUGGAGCAGGCUUCCAGUUACUUCUCAGAGCAAGGAAUUCCAUUUCCUAAGACCAUGCUAAAUGAUGAAGAAAAGAAAAACUUAAAGGAAUGCUAUGUGUUUGAAGAUCCAGAUAACCCGGAUGCCCCCAUAGUGGUUUAUUUCCCGCUAGUGAAUGACACCUUCCAGAGAUAUGUUGCACCUGGAAUGGAACGAAGUGCAGCUGAAAUGUCACUGGGCAAUAUCGAUAUCUCUAGUGCCUUUUCACCAUACUCCACAAGACAGGUCUCACUUCAAGAGGAGGAUUUCAACAAGCUCCUGAAUCUAACGAAUUAUAAUGUGCAGAAUAAUGCAAACACAAUCUUUCAUGUCUUCCAAAAGGCAGUAGAAAGGAAAAAACAGAGUCAGUCUUCUCAGACAUAAUCAUCACGGAUAUUUCUUCUUUGUUCUUGAAGAUGAAAGAACUGGAUAGGGGAAAAGGGACAUGAAGAAUUCUAAUAACGGGCCCAAAUAAUGGAAUUUUGGCUGUCCAAAGUUACUACUGAUUCUGUAUGCAUUUGACUGAGGGAAGUUCCAUGUGUGCUUAAAAGCUCCAUGAAACUUUGAAAUAUAUUCUAUAUUUGUUACCUUUCAAACAAGCAAGCAGACACCACAAAUACAUAAAUCACUAAUAAAACUGGAAGUAACUCCUCAAUAAAACUAAAAGAUUUAGAAACAAAAGCAAUCAGUUUACGCACAGUAACACAGCCUACUAAUCACAAUGAAACAGACAUAUCCAAAGCUCCAAACAGCACCAGUGGAGGAAGGGGAUUCCAGAAGGCCUAGUUUCCAAGGCAAAUUGGGUGUCUGCAGUAGGAGGGGGGAAUCAGCACGAACUGCCCUUUCCUCCUCCACAGAUGAAAAAGCCAAACUAUUGGAGGAGCUACUGCUGUGCUGACAGAACGUAGCAAUCUGAUUGAAGCCCGUGUCUCCUAUAUAUAUAUUUGACCAGUUUGGUGUAGUGGUUAAGUGCGUGGACACUAAUCCAGGAGAA